GAACCGGAAGCCGGAAGCGCGGCAGAGCGGUUGGCAAAAAAUAAACAACCGUCUGGCUGUGGCUUGGAGACAAAAUGGCGUGGGCGCGGCUGAGCCGUUUAGGGCCGGGGCCCUUCCUCCUCUUCCUGCUCUCUUCCUUCCUGGUCUGCGAGGGGGCUAGGGGGGCCGAGGCGAAGCCCUCUCCGCUCUCGCUGUCGGAGGCCUUUGAGCCCGCGCUGGGGAACACGGCGCCCUGCCAGCGGACCUGCCAGGACACCUACCCGCUCCAUACUUACCCCAAGGAAGAAGAGCUGUAUGCAUGUCAAAGGGGUUGCAGGCUGUUCUCCAUUUGCCAGUUUGCAGAUGAUGGAAUUGACUUGAAUCAAACCAAGUUGGAAUGUGAUUCUGCUUGUUCUGAGGCAUAUGCCUCGCAGUCUGAUGAACAGUAUGCUUGUCAUCUUGGGUGCCAGAAUCAGUUGCCAUAUGCUGAACUGAGGAGAGAACAACUCAUGUCCUUGAUGCCACGGAUGCAUCUUCUCUUUCCUAUGACAUUUGUGAGAUCAUUCUGGAGUGAUAUGAUGGAAACAGCCCACAGCUUCAUUACCUCAUCAUGGACCUUCUAUCUUCAAGCUGAUGAUGGCAAAAUACUGAUAUUUCAGUCAAAGCCACAAGUUCAGUAUGUUCAAAGCGCUGAUCAGGAAAACCUGGAUUUAAAAGGAUCAUCACUUAACAAAGCAGCUCUAGAUCUGCCGCCAGGAAGUCCACAGAUUCACAAAGGAUUCUUUGACGAGGAUGAAAGUGAUGGCUUCUUCAAAUGUAUUUCAGUAAAUUCUGGUUGGAUAUUAACAACCACCCUUCUCCUCUCUGUCCUGGUGUUGCUCUGGAUUUGUUGUGCAACUGUUACUACUGCUGUGGAACAGUAUGUUCCAUCUGAGAAGCUGAGCAUCUAUGGAGACUUAGAAUAUAUGAACGAACAAAAACUGAACCGAUACCCUACUUCUGCACUCAUGGUGGUUAAAUGUAAGGCUGAUGAACAAGAAGCAGGACCUCUACCUACAAAAGUCAACUUGACUCAAUCAUCAAUAUAGUGUUUGAAAAUGGAUUUGUUGAUCUGAUUCUUUGACAUCUUGUUAACUCUGGAGAUGUUUUCUUCCAGUGAAAGGGCCUGAGGAAGCAGGUGGUUUCAUUGUUUAGAUUAAAAUAAAGUUGCAGAAUCAAUAACGGAAGGUUUUACUAUCAUGGAAUUCAGUCUUUUCCACUAGAGUUGGUCAGGUGAGGUUUAUAGUGCAUUUACAUUUGUCUGCAUCCUUUUUUUGCUUACCAUAGAAUCAUAAAUAUUGUCUAUACAUUGAGGUUGUGGGUAUUUUCAUAUUAAGAAUGCCUAUUGGGAUGUAUAUUUGAAAUGUGUUUCAAAAACUGUAAGGAAUGUUUUGGUAAUAGAAGACGUCUUUUAAGUUGUUUUCAGUUGCGGAUAAACUAACAUGCAGAACUCGUUUGAGUACCUUUAGUACUUUGGAUGGCUCUUUUCCAGAGAUAAGAAUCUAUUCCUGUUCUAACUUCAUGCCGAUUUCUGCCACUGAAGUACUGGCAGUCAGCAAUAAAACUUACUUAACAUGUGUAUAUAUUAAGGCACGUCUUCUGUGUUGUGUUCUAAAACAGCUGAUUAAAUUUAGAUUAUAUUGUUUGCCUUAAGCUUUCCCAACUUUACAUCUGCUAUUUUUGUCAUCUUAGUGUGGUGCUUCCAUUUCGAGAAAGUUGGUUCCUAAAGAAACAAUGUGGUUAACAGAUUAAAUAUGAUCUAAAAUUCAACUUUAAUUGGUGUAUUAUUUGACAUGACUGUUUGUUAUGACAAAGAACCAUAGCCAGUCUUCAUACCUCAUCACAUGAGAUUAAAAAAAUCCACUUAAAAUCUGGUUUCUGCCUCCUGCAGAAUUCUGGGGUUUGUAGUUUAGGGAGGAGCCUUUAACAGCUUCACUAAACUACAAACUCCAGAAUUCUGCAGGAGGCAGAAACCGGGUUUAAAGUGGAUUUUUUCUCUAGUGUGAUGAAUUGGUUAGGCUUGCAUACUCCUUCCCUCUUUCAUAAUUUGCUCACCAGUGGUGGAAGUAAAAAGCUCAUGUUUUCCAUUUUAAAUUAAUCACCAUACCCUUUAUUAAUAAACUGUGGUCAGUGAGAAGAAACUUGUUUAUAUCAACCCUGUUUGAAACAAAUCCAGUACCCUGAGACCUGUUACAGAAAUAUGGUAAUUUUCAAUAUCUCCCUUUGAUUUUUAAAAGGAAAUUGGAAAGUAGAUAAGCCCAAAGUUUGCUGCAGUUCGUUGGAGUAAUAAUAAUCCAGGAUUUUCCACUAUGAAAGGACCAAGCCGCUAUUUAUGCUGAUUGUUCCUGGCUUAUGACUUUAAAGGGCUUAAUUACAAUAAACAACAAAGAUGAGAUUUGCAAUUAAAUGUAUUUAUUCUCUGACAAUUCUAAAUUACUAAUUGGUAAAAGGAGCUUUCAAGUUCCUUUAUUUGUUUUUGAUGUAAUUCUAUACAUUAAAAUAUAUUGCAUUGGA